AGUGGAUUAAUGAUGCACAGUGGAGCGCAGACAGCAUGGAAGUAAAAGAUGCAAACGCUGCCCUUCUGAGUAACUAUGAGGUGUUCCAGCUCCUGACUGACUUGAAACAACAACAGAGGGAAGGCCGGAAAAAUAAGAGUAGUGCUGGGCAGCAAAACCUUAAUACCAUCAUGUAUGAGACACUGAAAUAUCUGUCCAGCUCACCAUGUCGACUUCAAAGUCCAGAGAUAUUGCAAGAAUUUCUAACAGCUAUGAAAAGCCAUAAAUUAACCAAAGCAGAAAAGUUGCAGCUGCUUAAUCAUCGACCUUCAACUGCUGUUGAAAUACAGCUGAUGGUGGAGGAAAGCGAAGAAAGACUGACUGAGGAACAAAUUGAGCAGCUGAUCCAACAUGUGACCGGCAUACUUCCUGGAGACCCAGACACAGAAAUGGUUGAUCAGUCAGACAUGGUUGAGGAAGACAACCAAUAAGGAAUACGGGUUUCUUCCAUUCAUUUCAAAACAUUUUCAUUUGUAAUUGUGUUUUUUUUUAUCUACGUUUAUUCUGACAAAGACCAUUUUUGGGGGUUUGGAAUAGAUUGCCCUAUCUGUCAUGAUAUAGACAAGAUCAGGCUGUGUGCUACAUUUGGCUUAGCAUCAUAAGGGAUGUAAUGUGCCAGAGGUUGUUUAUUC